AUGGGGUCUGAGCCUAACCAGCUCAGUCCUUUAGUAAUACAGGCCAUGCCGACGCUGAUCGAGCUGAUGAAGGAUCCCAGCGUGGUGGUCAGGGACACGACGGCCUGGACCGUGGGCAGGAUCUGCGAGAUGCUGCCCGAGGCCGCCAUCAACGACAUCUACCUGGCGCCGCUGCUGCAGUGCCUGAUGGAGGGGCUGAGCGCCGAGCCCAGGGUGGCCACCAACGUCUGCUGGGCCUUCUCCAGCCUUGCUGAAGCUGCCUAUGAAGCUGCAGAUGUGGCUGAUGAUCAGGAAGAACCAGCAACCUACUGCUUAUCCUCCUCCUUUGAACUGAUAGUGCAGAAACUGCUGGAGACUGCAGACAGACCUGAUGGACACCAGAAUAACUUGAGGAGUUCUGCCUAUGAAUCCCUGAUGGAAAUAGUGAAAAACAGUGCCAAGGAUUGUUAUCCUGCUGUCCAAAAAACCACUCUGGUCAUCAUGGAGAGGCUCCAGCAAGUGCUGCAGAUGGAGUCUCACAUCCAGAGCACCUCUGACAGAAUCCAGUUCAACGAUCUCCAGUCCCUUCUCUGUGCUACUCUCCAGAACGUGCUGCGGAAGGUGCAGCACCAGGACGCGCUGCAGAUCUCGGACGUGGUGAUGGCGUCGCUGCUCAGAAUGUUCCAGAGCACGGCCGGCUCCGGGGGCGUGCAGGAGGACGCCCUCAUGGCCGUCAGCACCCUGGUGGAAGUCCUGGGUGGAGAAUUCCUGAAGUACAUGGAUGCCUUCAAACCUUUCCUUGGGAUUGGGCUGAAAAACUAUGCUGAGUACCAGGUCUGCCUGUCAGCAGUGGGGCUGGUGGGGGACCUGUGCCGAGCCCUGCAGUCCAACAUCCUCCCCUUCUGUGACGAGGUGAUGCAGCUGCUCCUGGAGAACCUGGGGAAUGAGAACGUGCACAGGUCAGUGAAGCCGCAGAUCCUCUCGGUGUUCGGGGACAUCGCCCUGGCCAUCGGGGGCGAGUUCAAGAAGUACCUGGACGUGGUGCUCAACACCCUGCAGCAGGCAUCCCAGGCCCAGGUGGACAAGUCUGACUACGACAUGGUGGAUUACCUGAACGAGCUGCGGGAGGGCUGCCUGGAGGCCUACACUGGGAUCAUCCAGGGGCUCAAGGGAGACCAGGAGAACGUGCACCCUGACGUGAUGCUGGUGCAGCCCAGGGUGGAAUUUAUCCUGUCCUACAUCGACCACAUCGCGGGGGACGAGGAUCACACGGACGGGGUGGUGGCCUGUGCUGCAGGACUCAUAGGGGAUUUGUGUACAGCUUUUGGGAAGGAUGUCCUGAAAUUAGUAGAAGCCAGACCCAUGAUCCAUGAACUGCUAACGGAAGGGAGGAGAUCCAAGACGAACAAAACAAAAACUCUGGCGACCUGGGCCACAAAAGAGCUGAGGAAACUCAAGAACCAAGCUUGAUCUUUACCAUUGGGACGACACCUGAGGACCCCCACUGGAUAAAAAAAACCAACAACAACAACACCAAGAGAGAAAAAGACAAAAAAAGGAAAAAUCUCCAAUCUCCUACAAAACCCCCCAAAAAGCCCCGGGAGUGAUGAGGACGAGUGAGGAAUGUUUGGGAGUGAGAGGAUGCUGAGGAUGAGUGAGUGAGGCUCAGAACAAAAAUCCCAAAUUUUUGGCAUCCAGGAGGGAAUUCUGUAAACUCCCCCCCCCAAAACAAAACAUCCU